AUGAACCACCUCCCUCAAGCCUGGGGUAGACCCCGUGACGACAUCUACGGCGCCUACGACCACUCCUACCUCCCCCAAACCCACGCCAACACCCACCCGACAACCCACACCCAAUCACCCGUCGUGACCGGCACAUCAGUCCUCGGACUCAAGUUCAAGGAUGGAGUAGUCCUCGCCGCCGACAACCUCGCCUCAUACGGCUCCCUCGCCCGCUUCACCGACGUCAAACGCCUGAAACCGUUCAACCGCAAAGCCGUGGUCGGGUUCGGGGGUGAUGUGAGCGAUAUGCAAUAUCUCGACCGCCUAUUAAACAGUCUAGACGUGCAGGAGAAUUACAGUGGCGCAGCGACAACGGAAGAGGAUGACGGUGAGGCUCCGGCAGCAACAGCGGACGGAGAGGGAGGUGAAGACAAGCACAAGGCAAUAUUGGACGCCAAAAACCUCCACACCUACCUCAGCAAAGUCCUCUACAAACGCCGCUCGGACUUCAACCCCCUCUGGAACGCCAUCCUCGUUGCCGGCCUCACCACCCCACCCCCACCCGCACCAUCAACAUCAACAUCAUCCCCCAAAGACACCACCACCUCUAAACCCACCGGCCCAGCACCCUCCCGCAAACCGAUCCCCUACCUAGCCUACGCCGACCUCCUAGGAACAACCUACAGCUCCCCCACCCUCGCCACGGGCUUCGGCGCCCACCUCGCCGUCCCAAUAAUGCGACGGGCCGUGCCCGACGAAGCGGCCGCGGCGAAGUUGAGUCGAGAGGAGGCGGUGGAGAUUGUGAAGAAGUGCAUGAAAGUGCUUUUUUACCGGGACGCGCGGAGUAUGAAUGAGUAUUCCCUGUGUGUGAUUGAUGGGAAGGGCGUGGAUUUGCAGGAGAAUAUCAAGUUGGAAGGGGAGAGUUGGGCGUUUGCUGAGGGGAUUAAGGGGUAUGGGACGCAGACUGUUUAG